GUUUAAUGCAAAUUAAUUAUUGAGAGCGAGACUCAAUAUUAAAAAAUGAGAACGAAGACCAAAAAAAAACUUGAACAUAAUGUUGGUCUCAUUAUUAAUAUGCUUUUCGAGAGAGCCGAUCAGUUUACAUUGAGGUUUAUUAGGAACCAUCCAGUUCCACAAGAACACUACUAAAUUAUUAGGUUAAUUUAUAUGGUUCUUCUACUCCCUGAAAAUAGCCUUGAAUAUUUACGAUUCUCAAAACAUUAGUUGGAAUAAGAUAUUCUUGUGCUGGAUGCAUUUAACAAUGACACUCACCCAUUAUUGGAAAAGGCCAAAGAGAAAUUAAUGAUCAUUUUGAGUUAUUAAUGAAAAAAAUAUAAAAAUAACUAUUUA